AUGGCAGCGGUGAGGGAAGAACUCCGAGUGCAGGAGAUUCUGCCCCAGUGCUGUGCCACGGCCCAAAGCAGCAGCGACGAAAGACUGACCCAAGCCUCGUGGCAGCUGCAGGAGGACAUAGGCGAGCUGCAGGACAAAUGUCUGGACCUGCAGAACGGGCUGAACCAUCUCAGAGUGGAGAGCUCUGAGAUGCUGCAGGAGAUGCAUCGGCUGAAGCUGGAGGUGUCCCAGUUGGUGGCGGGGAUGGCUCAGCUGAAGAUGCAUAACAUCUGUCACGAUGUGGAUGCCAGUGUAAAGAAACAGUGGCAGGUGCAGGAGAAGCUGCCUCUGGAGAUGGAGCGGAUGAGGGUGGAGGUGGUUCAGCUGAAGAGCUGUGCUCGAGGGGAAAGCAGUGAGGAGAUGCAGCAGAGUGUGAUGGGUAUGGAGGGGCUCUCACAGCACGAGGCUGUGGCCACUGAGCCCCUGCUGUCUUUCUGCAUGCAGAAGUCCGUGCAGGAGAAGCUGGAAAGGCUGGAGCAGCUCAAAGCAGAGUACAACGCGGUCUUGACACAUCUCCAACACCAAGACCAGGAGAUGCGGCAGGUGAAGCUGGAGACAGCUCAGCUGAGCAUGGAGGUGACCCAGUUGAAGGAGUGGUAUCAGGAGCAGAAGUUGGUGGAGCAGCUCAGAGCAGCAGUGAGCUCUCAGGUGUUGCAGCAUUUCCAAAGCCAAGGCCAGGAGAUCCAGCAGCUGAGGAAUGAGACGGCCAAGCUGAGGAAUGAGACGGCCAAGCUGAGGAUUGAGACGGCCGAGCUGAGGAAUGAGACGGCCAAGCUGAGGAAUGAGACGGCCAAGCUGAGGAAUGCGAUGGCCAAGCUGAGCAUGGAGGUGACCCAGCUGAAGAUGCAUAACAUCUGUCACGAUGUGGAUGCCAGUGUAAAGAAACAGUGGCAGGUGCAGGAGAAGCUGCCUCUGGAGAUGGAGCGGAUGAGGGUGGAGGUGGUUCAGCUGAAGUACAACGCGGCCUUGACACAUCUCCAACACCGAGACCAGGAGAUGAAGCUGAAGACAGCUCAGCUGAGCAUGGAGGUGACCCAGCUGAAGCCCCUGAGCCUCUGUUUUCCUUUCCACAUGCAGGAGCGAAAUCAGGAGCUGGAGAAGUUGGUGGAGCAGCUCAGAGCAGCAGAGAACCGUGAUAGGAAACAUCAUUUAGAAAGCAACAAUGAGAAGGGAUGUCAGCUGGAGGCAAUGCAGCUGGAGAUUGAGCAGCUGAGGGUGGAGAUGGCCCAGCUGAGGGAGGAGAAUCACCACACAACAGAAAAAGAGCUGGAGCAGCUCAGAAGGAAGAACCUUUGCACAAAACAGUGCUUAGAAAUGGCCACUGAGAGGAUCCAGAAGCUGGAGAAGCAGCUGGCCAAGCCGAGGAGGCACCAAGAGAAGCAAAGCCUGGCUGAGGAAAUAGAGAACAGCAGACAGAACCGGAGCCUGGCUGAGCUGGGACUGGACAGCUCUCAGAACCACAGCGUGGAUGAGGAUAGAGAGAGCGGCACAGAGAACCACAGCCAGGCUGAGGUUGGACUGAAUGUCUCUCAGAACCACAGCCAGGCUGAGGUUGGACUGAAUGUCUCUCAGAACCACAGCCAGGCUGAGAGUAGACUGCUGAAGAGGACGGGAUAUUUUCUCUGUUAUUUUUUCUCUAUUAUUUUUUUCUCUAUUUUCUCUCUUAUGGUGUACGCAAAAAUACUUUCAUAAAUACAUUUCACACAGCAUAUAAUAUACGUUCUGAAACAAUGCAAAUAGCUUGUGGACUUUGAGUUGAGAAAAAACCCUGGAUUCCUGGCUUUCUGCAGUUAAUAGUCUCAUGAUGCUUUUCAGAAGACUGGCCUAAUAAUUUCAGUGUGGCUAAAACCUCUCUGAUUGUCUUUACACUUUUAUCUGGAUACAGAAAAGAUCUUUACUUCCUACUCAUAACCGUUUUCAUUCAGCACUAAUGCUACAUUUCUCUUUGA